AUGUUAAAGCCUGGAUUUUUGGACCUACCAUCACCUACCUCUUCCGUUCCGCCAGACACGGGCGACGCUUAUGGUACCGGCCUCGCCCUCUCAAAUGAACAUCAUCAAGCAAUAAUAAAAUUUCAUGACAUAAGUCAAAAACCUUACAUUAACAAAGUAAUCGAAAAUCCACCCAGGACCCUCCGAAUUAAUUCUAAAGCUGCUGACGGUGUCGGGACACUUUUUCAUUCAAAUGUUACCGUUGAAAACAGCACUGUAACCGAUGUUUCUGAAAACUUUUUGGAUGAUCCAUCUGCCUCUGAGAUCAAUGUUAAUUCAUCGUCAGGUUUAGUCACCCCUCCCAUUCUCUCAGGCGACACUAAUAAGCGAACUCUACCCGAUAAUGUUGGUGCUCUAAUUGCCUCUCGCUUAAAAGCGGAGGACCAAUCUGAUGGAAGAAUGACAAAUUCAGAAAAUUCUCUAGAUUCAGCAGUUUCUAAUGCACAUAUAAACGGCAUAAAGCAGCCUCCACCUGAAUUCCCACCACAGUUUGGCCUCCCAUCGCCAACCCCACAAAUACCCUCUGAACCGAUGACCCUUGCAUUAAAGACUGAAGAUAUGGGGAAAUCUCCCGACUCGCUUCACCACGAUCUUUCAACACCCACACCUCUGGCUCCACUUCAUUUACGAAACUCACCAGAAAAGUCCUUGGAUCAUGAUACCCCUUCCACAGUUUCCCCUCCUGCUUCCCUUCCCGUUAUUGCACUGCCUCCAUCCGCGUCAAAACGUGAUGCUGAGUCAGUCGCUACUUCCCCUCUUUGCGAUGAUGCUGAGUAUGCAGCCGCAGCCAGAGCAGCAGUUGAUAGUGUGGUUUGUGCACUGGUAGGUAACAAAACCCCCUCUACAACUGCUUCCUUCGAUCCUGCCCUCGUAGGCACAGGGACGGAUCGCUUAUACUCUUUGAGUCUCGCUCCCAUCGGGAAGGCUGAGCCAGUCAUUGUCACAGCACCCAUGUGCUCACAUUCACUUUUACUUGCUUCAGCGGCACAGGCCUCUGCUGAGGGAUUGGCAUCCCUCACCUGCCCAACCUGUGCUACUAAUGUGCCUGUCAAACAGUUAGUGGCUCGUCAGCGGUCCAUUGAAGAAGCAAAGCAUGUUUGUGACGCGUGUGGACGAUCAUUCGUGCGAGAAGAUAAACUGAAAAGGCACAUAAUGUCGAUUCAUACGAUGGAGAAGCCACACGUUUGCCAGAUAUGCACGAAGGCCUUCUCACGAAAGGAUAAGCUGAAGGACCACCUGCGCCAUCACGACAGAGCAGCACGCACCUUCGAAUGCUCCCAGUGCCUUUCACCGUUCGUGCAAAAGUCCGACCUCAACCGCCACGUUCGCGGUGUCCACCAGGGUGAGCCCGGCGUUGGGAUCAACAUGACUGUGCGUCGCAGAGUACCCGGUUCCUCUCCCCCGUCUCGACCAUCAAAGAAGAAAAAAUCUUCUAUGGGAGCUAUUGCCGCUUCUUCUGAUGCUCAAUCCGCGGUAACCACAACAGUGUCCCAUUCGGUUGGUAAGACAGCUGAGACAGCACUAGCGCUGAGGCUGUUCGGUGGCGCAGGUCUCUCCACAACAACCGCGACCACCGUGCCAACAGUCCACCCGACUGUUGCCACCGUGCCCCAAAACCAGGCGGCGGCUCAGCAGCUUCACCCACACCAGGUGCUAGCGGCAGCCAGCAUGGUGCUGCCAUACUACCCUGCACAUGGUGGACACCAUCAAUUCGUUGCAGCGGCACUCACCGCCUCGCCGCAGAAACCCACCCCCGAGGCUGUCGCCAACCCGGCUCUGCAAGCCCAGCAACAAACGGCUCAGCCACCGGCACCCUCGAUGAUGCUCCUCACAAGGAUUGCGGCUCACGCAACCAAUCAGACUGCACCCGCUAUCGCUGUUGUUGCCUCGACUGCUGCGUCAGCGACGCCCACAACACAAUGCGAGGCGACGAUCGCAACGACAGUCGGUUCAGGCCAACAGGCGGAACACCAACAGCAGCAGCAGCAGCAACAUCAGUUGGUGGCACAGUCCCAACUACCCCAACAGCACUACCAGCAUUCGCAUAUCUCCUACCACCAGUACCACCAGCACCUGUUGCAUCAACAGGCAGCUGCCGCUCAACUGCAGGCUCAGCAGUACGCCGCCGCGGACCUCCACUACAGACAACAGCAGUUGGUGGCGCAGCACCGGGCCUACCAACAGGCGGGCUUCCUUCUCGCCAACCACCCCGCUGCUGCUGCCGCCGCCGCCGCCGGUGGGGCCUUCUUCUGCCAGACCUCCACGACCGCGGCGACCGAGGCCGGUGCUGGAAACGGCGCCGGCGUCAUUCUCUCCGCAGCCGAUCCCACAACGGCCCAGCAGCUGGCUCAACUGGCGGCGGCUGCUCACAUGCAGCAGGCCGUUGCAGCCGGCAACGGACUUCAAGUUCGUCUCUCUUGCCAGUUUCUCUUAUCUCCGUGCUCUGUUGGCGGUUUCAUUACUGUCGGUCAUUGUGCUGCUCAUGAGGCGAGUCAUCUCCCAGAGGUGUUAAAGGGGGGAGGCGAGAGGGGUCGGCGGAUCGGCUACUCAGCACUCCUCGCCAUCUACCUCUGUCGUGCAAAUUCACUUGUGAUGGCGAAUGUAAUAGCGGGUCAGCAACACCAACAAAUAGCAGCCCACCAGCAAGCAGUUGGCGCUUCACCACAGCAGAUGGGUCACAACCCCAACGCUGCUCUCUACGCCAGCUACCACCAUUCCCACCACACCCACCAUCAGACUGUUCAACAGCAGCAGCAGCAGCAGUAUCAUCAGCAGGCUCAACAUCAGCUGAUGCUUCACCACGCGAAUGCCGCCGCUGCCUGUCGUCCGGUUGUCAUGACAGCGGCGGCGGCUGCGGCAGCGGCAGCAGCGACUGCAUCAAGUCAGAAGACGAUUUCUACCCCAUCCAUAGUUGUACAGGAUCCGAGUCAUCGAUCAGAAAUCUACCGGUUGUUUCUUGUUGCUGCUCCAAUGGAGUCCCCAUGCAUUCCAGCAUCAUUAUGCUAUGACAGCCACUCCCAUAAAGCUGCUCUGUGA